CCUAGCAUACGCUUUAUCAUUCCUAUUGCUCCUUGGGAAUUUCCCUUGGGAAUUUCCUCCUUUGGACUAGCACCAUUGGCCUCAUCUAGCCAAUGUCACGGACUUACGGCUCUCUCCAAUGAUCUGCUUUUCAGAUAACAGCAUCCAGUCAAUUUUCUGUUGUUGUUGCUGCUGUUCCAUGCAGAAGAGACAAGUCAGAGCACAUAUAAGCCUGAGCAAAGAUGAAGAAUUUUCAGAAAAAUACACCCAGCGUCGCAGGCUGUGGUUCAGGGAAUUGCCAAGCAAGAAGCAAUCCAACAGAGACCAUGUGCAACCAUCAAAACGCAAGCCACUGCCUCCCCUCCCACCCUCUGAGGUUACUGAAGAGAAGAUCCAAGUAAAGGCGCUGUAUGAUUUUCUGCCCAGAGAGCCGUGUGAUUUAGCAUUAAAGAGAUCAGAGGAGUACCUGAUAUUGGAGAAGUAUAACCCUCACUGGUGGAAGGCAAGAGACCGUUUGGGGAAUGAAGGCUUAAUCCCAAGCAACUAUGUGACCGAGAACAAACUAACCAAUUUAGAAAUAUAUGAGUGGUACCAUAGAAACAUUACCAGAAAUCAGGCAGAACAUAUUUUGAGACAAGAGUCUAAAGAAGGUGCAUUUAUUGUCAGAGAUUCAAGACAUUUGGGAUCCUACACAAUUUCUGUGUUUAUAAAAGCUAGAAGAGCAUUCUCCUGCACUCAGAAAGCAUCCUGUGCCUUUCUGCUGGAGGAUGUUCUCUGGCUGUGGGAACUCGGGGUCCCCAUGGCACUCUCAAGGGCAAAAAUGAAUCUGCUCACUGGUGUGUGUUUUUUCUUGAACAGGAGAUUGUCUCAUCCCAGGCUGGUCCAGCUCUAUGGAGUGUGCAUCCAGCAGAAGCCACUGUAUAUUGUGACCGAGUUUAUGGAGAACGGCUGCCUGCUGAACUAUCUCAGAGACAGAAGGGGGACGCUUACGAACGAGAUGCUGCUGAGCAUGUGCCAGGAUACCUGUGAAGGGAUGGAGUAUCUGGAGAGGAACUGCUUCAUCCAUAGGGAUUUAGCAGCAAGGAAUUGUCUGGUCAGUGCUGCAAGUAUAGUGAAAAUAUCGGACUUUGGAAUGACGAGGUACGUUUUGGAUGAUGAAUAUAUCAGUUCUUCUGGAGCCAAGUUCCCAAUCAAGUGGUCCCCUCCUGAGGUUUUCCAUUUCAACAAGUACAGCAGCAAAUCUGACGUCUGGUCAUUUGGAGUUUUGAUGUGGGAAGUUUUCACGGAAGGAAAAAUGCCGUUUGAAAAUAAGUCAAAUUUGCAGGUUGUGGAAGCCAUUUCUAGAGGCUUCCGGCUGUACCGGCCUCCACUGGCGCCGAUGGCCGUCUACAAGGUCAUGUACGGCUGCUGGCACGAGAAGCCUAAAGGCCGCCCUACAUUUGCUGAGCUGCUGCAGGUUCUCACAGAGAUUGCAGAAACCUGGUGACUUGAAUGGAAUGCCAACCCAGAGGAUCAUCUCGCAAAAUUAUCACAAAAGGAAAUCCUGCGUGGGGUGACUGAUGACGAACACCUUCCUUUAGAGUGGCUAACUCUUAGAAACAGUGCAAAGAUCACAGGCUUUUCAAACUUUAAAAUUUAAGAAUAUUCUGGAAGUAAUUUUUCUACACGGAUGUUGGAGAGGGACUUCCAAACUCUCCUUUUUUCUGUACUAUUCUUUGUGUCCCGUAUGUGAAGAAGGGAAAAAUGCUCCAUAACCAUCUUCAUAGUGGCUACUCUUCAUGAGAAUAGCCCUGAGAGCCCCUGAGGAUAUAUGAAAACUUGACUCAUUACAGAGCUGAGGAAAUUUCUUUUCUGAAGAGGAGUGACAUCCUUCACUUCAGGGACUCACUGAAAUAAAGAAAUUCUGCUAACGCAUGGAAUAAAGGAGCCUUCUCUGCAGAAUUUAAUGCUUCUGAGCUGUACAGAUCUUUAUGGAAAAUGCACCUUUACAAACCACAUGAAUGUGAACAUUCUUAAGCUGUCUUUUAUAAUCUUCCUUAUGUUAUUUAACAAAUUGGUUUUACACAUAUCUGAUUAUUUUGGAGACAGUUUCUUGUAUUCCAGUUUUUUUUUGUUGUUUUUUUUUACGUAGGCACGGAGCC